UAUGCCAGGAGUUUGGUGUUGUUUCAAAUACAAGGUUGAUUUCUGCUGCUACUUCUGUAUUGAAAACUAGGUUUUCGUAUGCCUUUCCGAAGGAGUUUCCUUAUAGGAUGAACCAUAUACUAGAAUGUGAAUUCUAUCUCUUAGAAUUAAUGGACUGCUGUUUGAUAGUAUAUCAUCCUUAUAGACCUUUGCUCCAAUAUGUGCAAGAUAUGGGUCAAGAAGAUAUGCUGCUACCUCUUGCAUGGAGGAUAGUGAAUGACACAUAUAGAACUGAUCUUUGUCUGCUGUACCCUCCUUUCAUGAUAGCUCUAGCUUGCCUACACGUGGCCUGUGUUGUCCAGCAGAAGGAUGCAAGGCAGUGGUUUGCUGAGCUAUCAGUCGAUAUGGAAAAGAUUUUAGAAAUAAUCAGGGUUAUUCUGAAGCUGUAUGAGCAGUGGAAGAACUUUGAUGAGAGGAAAGAGAUGGCUACUAUUCUUAGUAAAAUGCCUAAACCAAAACCACCUCCAAACAGUGAAGGAGAACAGGGUCCAAAUGGUAGCCAGAACUCUAGUUAUAGCCAAUCUUAAGACAUUCCAAAGAAUUUCUUAAUGGACCACUUUGACUCAAGACAUCCUGGGAUCUUUCCUGUGUUCAUGAAAUGGACAGAAGGUUUUAGUAACAUCUGACAAAGAACUUGAAGAACAAGUAGCUUGCUUGUGUCAAGCAUUUGGAAAGCUUUUUUUUCUCUAAAACUGCAUCAUUUUCUCUGACGCUGGAGCAAAUGUACUAAGAUUUUUUUCAGUGUAAGGAAUCAAAUGUUAAAACAAGCUGCGAAAGAUUAACACUAUCCACUCGAAAUAAAUAGUUCAUUACUGGUUUUGUUUGCUUUGAGAAAAUUGUAACUUGCCAUUGACAUGAACUAUUUUUAAAGCAACAGUAACCUGAAGCCUAAGUGUAACUGUAUUAAUGACUUGUGUUGUCUUCAUUUUGUUUGUGACUGAAGGAAGAUAGUGCACUGUGUGUUAAAUCUAUUCAUUACAUUGAGUUUUGUUGAUUUUUUUUUUUUUUUUAAUAAAUAUGGAUUCUGUAACAAGGAACAGAGCAAUCCUUCAGAAACAAAGCCCAGAAGAGCCUGAAAAGAACAUUGUUACAGUUUUAAUGAAAGCUGCAGGAACGAAAUUCGGUUCCUUUUUUGGAUUAGAAAA